AUGAGGUACAACAGUGGCUCGUUAGAGAUAGUUAAGAACUUCUGUUACUUAGGUGAUAUGUUGGGCAGUGAAGGGGGUGUUGGAAGAAGUGUUACUUGCAGGAUAGGUUCUGCUUGGAAAAAGUUUAGAGAGUUACUUCCUUUAUUGACUAGCAGAGUCCUGUCAAUUGAGGUAAAAGGUAGGUUGUAUGAGGCCUGUGUGAGAAGUGUUAUGUUGUACAGUAGUGAGACAUGGGCAGUGAAGCAGGAAGAUCUUGACCGUUUAGAAAGGAAUGAUAUGAGAAUGGUUAGAUGGAUGUGUAAUGCCAGUCUGAGAGACAGAAAGAGUUCAAAUGAGCUAAGAAGCAGGCUAAGUCUCCGUAGAAUUAAAGAUGUUAUCCAGAUAAGAAGAUUGAAUUGGGUGGGGCACUUGGAAAGAAUGGAGGAGGAUAAUUGGGUAAGAAAGUGUAGAGACUUCAUAGUUCCUGGGGCAAAGCCCAGAGGCAGACCGAGAAAGACUUGGCAGGAGGUUAUAAGGACAGACUUAAUAGAGAGCAAGUUGAGUUUAGAUCUAACACAGUCUAGAUCAGAUUGGAAGAGGGUCAUUAAUAUACCCCAUACAACCCAUGCUAGCAUGGAAAACAGAUGUUAAGCCGAGAAUGAUGAUGAUGAUGAUUUUCGAGCAUUGUUUGGGUCAAUGCAGGUAAAAGGUAGGUUGUAUGAGGCCUGUGUAAGAAGUGUUAUGUUGUACGGUAGUGAGAAAUGGGCAGUGAAGCAGGAAGAUCUUGACCGUUUAGAAAGGAAUGAUAUGAGAAUGGUUAGGUGGAUAUGUAACGGCGGUCUGAGAGACAGAAAGAGUUCAGAUCAGCUAAGAAGCAGGCUAAGUAUCUGUAGAAUUAAAGAUGUUAUCCAGAUAAGAAGAUUGAAUUGGCUGGGGCACUUGGGAAGAAUGGAGGGGGGGGGGGGGGGGGGUAAUUGGGCACGAAAGUGUGGAGACUUGAUAGUUCCUAGGGCAAAGCCCAGAGGCAGACCGAGAAAGACCUGGCAGGAGGUUAUAAGGAUAGACUUGAUACAGAGGAAAUUGAGUUUAGAUCUAACACAGUCUAGAUCAGAUUGAAAGAGGGUCAUUAAUAUAACCCGUCCAACCCAUGCUAGCAUGGAAAACGGACGUUAAGCCAAGUAUGAAUGAAUGAAUGAAUAUUGCUUUAUUUUACAUUGAAAAUAUAUGUUUAGAUAUGU